GUGCUCCAAUAUAAAGCAUACUUUUGCAUUUCUCUCUCUUAUGAUUUCUCCUUCUUUCUAGUUCAAGGUGAAGAUCAAAGGCAUUCAGAAUCAGUGACCUCUUAACUUGAAGCUGCGAAUUGAAGGCGCAGGAAGUAAUUCUGGAUAAGUCUUGAGCUACCGGUCAAUUUGGAAAAUGGAAGUUCAAGUGCUUAAACAUCCUUUUGUGUAUUAUCUUCUACCCUCCAUAUAUUUAUUAAUAUGCGUUAAAGGUGGUAUGAUGAUACCGGCUCAGAGCUCUACUAUUCUCAACCGGAGUAGCUUUCCGGCUGAUUUUAUAUUCGGAGCUGGAUCAAGUGCUUAUCAGUAUGAAGGAGCAGCAGAAUCAGGAGGCAGGAAACCAAGCAUAUGGGACACAUUCGCCAUUAAUCAGUCAGAAAAAAUUUUGGAUCACAGUAAUGGGAAUGUAGCUGACAAUUUUUACGAGGAUUAUAAGGAGGACAUUGCUUUGAUGAAGGAAGUUGGUCUGGACUCUUUCAGAUUCUCCUUAUCAUGGUCCAGAAUUUUACCUCAGGGAAAAAUUGAUGGGGGAGUCAACCAGCAAGGUGUUGAUUUCUACAAUGAUCUCAUCAACGACCUCAUAUCAAAUGGCUUAAAGCCCUUUGUGACUUUAUUCCAUUGGGAUCUUCCACAAGCUCUCCAGGAUGAGUAUGGUGGAUUCUUGAGCUCUGAAGUUGUGGAUGAUUACGCUGAUUAUGUGGAUUUUUGCUUCAAAGCAUUUGGAGAUAGAGUAAAGCACUGGGUCACUGUGAACGAGCCGAAUCUCUUUAGUAUGACGGGGUAUGCAACUGGUACAGAUGCACCUGGUCGAUGUUCAAACUAUAUUGGCAGCUGCCCAGAAGGGAACUCCGGUACUGAACCUUAUCUGGUGGCUCAUCACCUCCUUCUAUGUCACGCAACUGCGGUCAAAUUGUAUAAAAAAAACUACCAGGCAAGUCAGCAGGGCGCGAUUGGGAUUACAGUUUAUACAUGGUGGACAGUGCCUAAAUUCCAAACAAUUUCUUGUAAGAAGGCUGCCUCUAGAUCUUUUGACUUUUUGAUUGGAUGGUUUCUUCAUCCAAUCGCUUACGGCACUUAUCCCGAGUGUAUGCAAGUUUUGGCAGGCGAUCGACUGCCCAAAUUCACAAAUUCAGAGUCUGAGCUGGUGAGAGGCUCCAUUGAUUUUGUUGGAGUAAAUUACUAUACAUCAUAUUAUGGAGAAGAUUUAACAUCCUAUAAUAGCAGCGAGCUAAGUUAUACCACGGACAGCCGAGUUAAUCUCACCCACGAGAAAAAUGGGAUUCCCCUUGGUGAACCGACUUCUAGCAGCUGGCUUUAUAUUUACCCAGAGGGUAUACGAAGAGUCUUGCUACAUAUAAAGAAAAAAUACAACCCUCCUUAUAUUUACAUUACUGAGAAUGGAUUGGCUGAUGCAAAUAGCAGUUCAUGGACAGUUAACAAAGCCACUAAUGAUAUUUUGAGGAUAAAAUACCAUCGUCUACAUCUUUCAUCUCUCUUAAAAGCCAUCGAGGAUGGAGUUGAUGUGAGAGGAUAUUAUGUAUGGUCGUUUCUGGAUAACUUCGAGUGGGAUUCUGGUUAUACUUAUCGGUUUGGGAUCACUUAUGUUGACUUCAAAAACGGAUUGAAAAGAUACCUCAAAAACUCUGGUUUAUGGUUCAAAAACUUUCUUCAGAAGGAAGCUAACGUUUCCACCGCUGCUGCUUCUUUAUUGUACUCCGAUCAGUGAUGUUCCAUGAUCUUAACUGUAAAUUUCAUAAGACUGAACUGAAUGAAACACAAUGAUAUGAAUAAUCAAUACAUGCAUAUAUAGAUUUUAGAUUAUUUAAA